UAAUAAUAAUAAUAAUAAUAAUAAUAGGCAUUCCGCAUCACCACCUGACACCUCUUACUUCCCCUCCACACUAGUCCAUAAAAUCACCAACAACCAUUUUCGCCGAAUCACAACAACAUUCCUGAAACAAUUCGGAGCAUGGAUUACAGCUGCCACAAAAAACCACCGCCACGUCAAACAGCCGCCACUUCUGAUGCUGCCACGUUUUCUACACCUGCUUCCCUAUGUUCUCGGUCUGUUAAGUUUCCGAUUUCUCUCAAAACAUCCAAGCCUCCGCUGCUUCUCGUACUAAAACCGGAGUCGGUUUUAAAAAAAAGCCAAAACAGCCUCAGGCUUCAUUAUAGGAUAUGCAUUCUUUGAAAUUGCUUCAUAAUCAUUACUUGCAAUGGACCACUCAAAUGGCGAUGCCAUACCUCGAUCAACGGUCUGAUUUGGGAGAUAUUUACACAUCUUCUUUGUCAGGAGCUACAAAUGCUUUAUCCGCUGCCUUGCUGCGGAUUCCUGUUAGUAGUAAUGUUCAGGUCAACAUAAUAGAGAGAGCAGAGGCUCUGGAUUCGGCAGCAAAAACUACAGAUAUGAUAGUUCACCACAUGCUAAAUUCGUUGCCUAAGGCAGAAGAAAUGGAUAGUCUGAUGUCAGAGUUUGCAAAUGUUGUUGACAUCAUAAAAGCACUUGUUCAAGAAUAUGGAAAUUUAUUGCUAAAACACAGACAGUUUACAGGUGGAAGACUGCAGUUUACAGGGACAUCUAAUGCAAUCAGAAUUGUAUUCCUCUGCACCAUCUGAGAAUAGAUCCUCUAAACCCUCAUCCACAAGCCACCUCUUACAUCCCCACUAUGCUAUUCAGGAAAAUCAUCAGACACCUUUUUUGUCUAAUCAUGACAACAUUCCUGAAACGAUUCGGAGCAUGGAUUACAGAUCUUCCGCCACUCACAAGAAACCACAACAAUCACGUGUGCUUUUCAAGGAAAAUGACAUCCCUAAAUCAUCAUCAACUGUCAAACCCACUAAGUCUUCAAGAUCCAAUACUCCAAUUGCAGCUGCUGCGGCUACUUAUGAGAGGAUCGCUCCUUCGAGAUUUAGGCUCCCACAACAACAUCAUCGUCAAGCAGCCACCACCUAUGAUGCUGCCAAGCUUGUACUCUCAUUACCAAGAAGAUCGCUCCUUCAAACUAGUAGUGGAAGCUGUCAAACAUCAUCCAAAUUUUCUAUACCUACUUCCCUAUAUUCUCAGUCUCUUAAUUUUCCGCUUUCUUUCAAAACUUCCAACCCUCCUCUGGUGGUGCUGCUACUAAGACUACACGGCCUCCACAAUCCAUUAGUACCAAAACCGGAGUUAAUUCAAAAAAGGGGAAAAAACAGCAGCAGUCUUCAUAAGAUGUGCAUUCUUUGAAAUUGCUUCAUAAUCAUUACUCGCAAUGGAGAUAUGCCAAUGCUAAAGCCGAAGUCUCAAUGCAUGCCCAAACCACACAGAUGGAGAAUCGGUUUUUUUCUAUUGGAGCUGAUAUAUCAAAUCUGCGCAAUACUGUCAAGAGGAAACGAGCUGAACUUAAUGAUUUGCUACGAAUAAAAGCUGUUUCCAGCAUUGUUGAGGCUCAGAUGCCAUACCUCGAUCAAUGGUGUGAUUUGGAAGAAAGUUACACAUGUUCCUUGUCAGGAGCUACAAAUGCUUUAUCCAACUCCUUUCUGCGGAUUCCUGUUAGUGGUAAUGUUCAGGUUAGCAUAAAAGAGACAGCAGAGGCUCUGGAUUUGGCAGCAAAAGCUACAGAUAUUCAUCACAUGAUAAGUUUGUUGCCUAAGGCAGAAGAAAUGGAUACUCUGAUAUCAGAGUUAGCCAAUGUUGUUGAUAUCGAAAAAGCAUUUGUUGAAGAAUGUGGAAGUUUAUUGCUAAUAACACACAAUUUACAGGUGGAAGAGUGCAGUUUACGGGGACAUCUAAUGCAAUUAGAAAUGUAGCAACCACUUCUGAAACGAUAACAACGAUAUCAACAUUCGUUGUCCACGUUUUAAGGUGCAAUUUGUCUAGAAAAAGAUGUAUACUGGGAAGUGGUGGAACAAAGUCGAAUUUGCUAUGGUUGAAGGAGCAAUUGGUUGAAGUUGUGUUUUAUACAAAUACGCCUUAAGCUUUUAACAUGGUCGAGGAAGCUAUGGCUGUAUGGGAUCUACCAAAGGUGCUUCUUAGAACUACUCGUAAUACAAUGAAUGUAAUCUGUAGGCGUUAGCUGUUCAUCAGUCUAGCGUUUACAUUAGGGUGUUUGUUCGGGUGGUAUGUCACCCUUAUUUUUGGUUGGUUGUUGCUUUUUGCUUGGACGUUAACGAGCUGGUAUGGCAUUUGGCCAUAUCACCUGAUUUUUUUAUUUAUUUAUUAUUUUUUUUAA